AUGGCAUUUGUGAUAGACUUGAAUACGCAGCCGUCGUCAGAAGAAAUUCACUCAUUUGAUACCCAUAUUGAUAUGGACGAUAUAAAUAUUUGUAAUAGUUCAAGCAAUUCUGCUACAAAGACUGAGUGCUCGACUGAGGUCAUAAUUCAUCCCACCAUUUCUGAUGAGGAGAUUUCAAAAGUGGGGAUGCUAUUUGGAACCCUCAAAGAAGCACGCCAAUUUUACUACAACUAUGUCAAUAACGUGGGAUUCGAGCCUCAUAUAAGAAACACUAACUUCAACAAGAAUGGAAGGACACCUAUUAACCAAUCCAUACAGUGCAAGCUUGAAAAAUGGAGACUGUCGAAGGUAGAAUUAGCUCACACGCAUCGGUGUGAUCCCAAUUUGUCAUGGAUGUUUAAGAAAAACAGGGAACUCUCCAUGCACGUUAAGGAUGUCAUUGAGCGCAAAGACCAGGCUGGUAUACGACCUUCGAAGACUUUUCAGGCGCUUGUUGAUGAAGCUGGUGGUCGUUCUAAUAUGAAAUUUCUUGAGAAGGAUGUUAGAAAUUAUAUAUCUGGUAAACUCCGAAUCAAUGGAGAUGAUACUGAUGCGAAAGAGAUGCUGGACUAUUUUACCAGGAUGAAAGAGCAGAACCCGAAUUUCUUUUACGACAUUUGUGUUUAUAGUGACAAUAGUCUCAAGCAUGCAUUUUCGACGGAUGCUCGAUCAAGAGCUGCUUACAAGUAUGAGAUGUCAGUUGCAGCAUUUGUGGGUGUCAAUCACCACGAAAGGUCAUGUCUUUUCGGGUGUGCUUUAUUGAUAUCUAUCAUAUUCACAAUAUGGGUCCCUAUUCUUCUAGAGCACAAAUUUGGGGCUGGCAUGAGGAGUACACAAUGGAGUGAGAGCAUGCAUGCUUUCUUUGAUAAGUACCUAACGUGUAAGAGUAAUUUAAUUCAAUUUGUGCACCAGUAUGACAAUUGUCUUGCAGAUAAAGAACAGCAGGAGUUGGAAUGCGAUGCAGCAGACAAUAGGGGCCUGAUCCCAUGUGUAUCGAACUCUCCUAUUGAGAAGCAGUUCCAAUAUGGGUACAACAACUGCAUAUUUUGCGAUGUUCAAGCCGAAUUUAUCAAAAAGUGCGACUGCAACCUGUCUCCAAGGGUAGUGAAGGACAACCAAUACUUCUAUGAAGUGACUCAACAGAAGAUAGUUAAGGGGAUGUCUAUUUAUAGCGAGUAUGAAGUUGUGUUUUGUCCUAUUUCGCACCAGGUUAGGUGCAACUGCUUCAGUGGGCGUCCAAUCUUCAAGAGACUCAAAGCGGAUGUGGACCGGAAAAUUAAGAAUGGUACUAAGAAACGUCGAGCUAGUAGUAAACAUCCAAAGGAAGUUGCAGUUGUUGAAAGAGACAAACAUUUAAACAAGGCCACCGAGAGACACAUUACUGCUAGCAAACACCCUAACGUUUAUUUUAGUGUUUAUUGCUAG